AUGCUUCCCCGCGGAAGUAUUUUUAGGUCGGGCGGACUUGAAAAGAACCAGGGGCAGGUCUGGAGGGAUUUUUGUUCGAAAAGUAACAUUUUUUCUGAUCUGAAUAAAAUUCAAUGCAGAGAAGUUCAAUGCAGAGGAUUUCAUCUUCCAAAAAAAAACUUGUAAAAGUCGGUCAAUAUUCGAAAUUCCUUCGAAACAAUUGAAAAGAUCACGCUUAUCGACCACGUUUUGCCUUUCUUUGAACCUUGUUUCCUCACCUUCGAUGCUCAAUUUUGAUUUGUCUGAUAAGACAACUGAUAACGGGGAAAAACGAUCUUCGCUUCACUUUUAUUCUAUUCAUUUUCAGAAAGUCACAAAAAUGUCCCAAACAAAGGCACGAAGCUACUCGGUCCCAAACGCUCCCAAUUCUACAAAUUCAAGCCCAAAAUCCAGAUCCCCGACACGAGGAGAAGUCCCAAAAGGAGUCAACAAACCAAAGGUUUGUUUUCUUAUCUUUUGAGGGAAAUUUAGAAGUUUAUUCGUUUUUAAUAACUGAUUAGGGGGAGACACGCCAUUAUUCUGACAUUUUGAGAUUGAUAAAUGUCUGGAACAUGGUAUCAUUGAAAUGAAAGAUCCUUGUUUGAAGGAGAAUGGGGAAAUUUUUAAAAGGUACUGAAAGAUGCGGCGUCGUUGAGCCAUUCUCCGUGCGACCAUCGACAAUACUUUCAUGCUAAAAAUUUGAAAAUCACUCAGAUUAUGUUUAAAAUGUAUGAAAUGUAUCAAAUAAUUAAAAACACUUCUAUAACACUGAAUCUCUACGAAAUUUCUGUUCUUGUGGAGGUUUUUGAAGUUCAAAAUCAAUAUUACUCCCGACGGGCGUCCCGGGUCGGCCCGUGGUUCGAAACAGUCGCCCCGGGCGGUCCGACCCGCAAAGGGAAAAUGUAAAAAAUGGGAAAAGCUGGAGAGUAUCUAAGAAGAAAGGGAUUUUUUUGAGAAAGCCCCGGUCCCCCUCAGCUUUUUGCGAGCGAAAAAAAGUUUUGAAAAUGUACGGAAAAAAGUUUCGGGAGUAGACCGCACUUAGGCCGCACUUUUUUUCGGGGGUAGGCCGCACUUUUUUUCGGGGGUAGGCCGCAUGUUUUCGGGGGUAGGUCGCAUUUUUUUCGGGGGUAGGCCGCAUUUUUUUCGGGGGUAGGCCGCAUUUUUUCGGGGGUAGGCCGCAUUUUUUUCGGAGGUAGGCCGCACUUUUUUUGGGGGGUAGGCCGCACUUUUUCAGGGGUAGGCCGCAGUUUGAGGGGGUAGGCCGCCCUUUUUCGGGGGUAGGCCGCAGUUUUUCGGGGGUAGGCUGCACUUUUUCAGGGGUAGGCCGCAGUUUGAGGGGUAGGCCGCAGUUUGAAGGGAUAGGCCGCACCCCGGGGUGGUUCCAGCCGAUGUAUGCCUCCCCCUCCCCCCUAUCAGUAGCUCUACUUCCGGCCAAUUACAAAAUUCUAAUUUUAGCCCUCUUUAUCGAGUAUUUCACCAGUUCCUGUUCAUUAACUCCCUACUUAAGGCUAAAAAAAGACAUAUUUAUCUAACUAAAAAGUGUGAUCAGUUAAUUAUAGGCCGUUAUCGACAUUCCAGGGCAAGGAAGAUUUUCUACAUUGUUUACUCAAAAGCUUUUCUCAAAAUAGAAUCGAUAACAAGAGAUACUGUAGGGCGAUGCAAAGUUUCAGUGAUUAAAGGGCUUAUUUUUGAGAAGACCUUGAUUCUUCAAUCAGUACAGGGACAGAUAAAAAGUCAAAAAAAUUUUCAAAGAAAAAAAAAAAGAUCUGAAGGGUCCUUUUGGUAACGCGGAACGGACGUGCUCCGAACGUUUCUGAGCAUCUCAAGGGAUCCCUUAAGAGGCCUGACGCUACUAAAGUGGCCACUAAACGAUUUGCAUCCGUUCAGCGUUACCUCCGAGUAAAAACUUUCUUGAAAUAGGAAUUUUGGAAAAUGGGAUCAAACUGAUUUUUUUCCUGGUAAACUUACUUGAAGUGGCCACUUUAGGGAUUCCUAAAUGCUCUUCCCGAGUUAUCUUCUGACUGGUUAUUUAGUCAAAAUCUGUUAUUUUCGUCUAAGAGCUCUCUACUGGUACCUUAAGGGAUUCGAAUCAGAAAUAAGCAUGGUUUGAGUAAGAAAUUUAGUGAUUCUGAGAAAUUUUUAGUGGCCACAAUAGGGUUUAGACGUUUUAGUGGCCACUAUAGUAGUCAAGUUAGUGGUCACUUAAGGGGUUAAAUGUAAUGGCCACUGUAGAGGUCUAAGUGCUACUACUAGAGCAUUAAAAAUUUUAGUGGCCACUUUAGGGGUCAAUGGAUCAACAUAACUGGUCCAAUCCGUUUUUUUUUAAAUUAUCAGAGUUACUGGAAGGAAUAGUGGAUGAAAAACUACUGAAGUGGCCACUAAAACGGAAAUAGUGGUCACUAUAGAAGUGGGUUUAGUGACUUUGGGGGGUCCACUUCAUUCAAUCAAAAUAAAAUCCUGCUCAAGAACCUCAAGUGAAAACUCCAGGGACUCCUUCCCAAGUGGUCCUUCAAGUAAAACUUGCGAUGCCUUUCGAUUCAAAUCACAUUAUAAACUUGGAAAUCUGACAAGGUUUACUAUAAAAUUAGGAAUUUUCCGAAAAUUGGCCUGAUCCAUCAAAAAAACAGGUCAUUUUUAGAAUCUUAGCCCUUGAGAUUGCGCAAAUUAGAAAUUUGUGCAGAUUGGAAUAUCGAGGACCUUUAUUUGGUACAUCUAUUUGACCAGAAAAUUCCCAAGCGCAACUUUCAAUGACUUUCCCCGUAUGACAAUUGCUCUGAAAAAGCUCCGUGAGUGACCAAGUGACUACUUGUACCUCAACCCUUGAGUGAUCCCUUGAAGCGUUUUUUGAUUCGAUCUCAAGCUUCAUCAACCACUGAGAAAAAUACUCCAAAAAAAAAGUCAUUUUAUCCUAGCUAAAUUGUUUGAAAUCAAACCAUCCCGUCUUUAAUCAGCUUCUACUUUAAAAAAAAUCACCUAAAACCCAACCAGAAACCGGAAAAUGACCCAUUUUCCAGUUCACACCAGCGAUGCCGCCACGUUACCAGUACACCAUGCAGAGGUACACCCAAAAGCGAGAUUCCACCGAGGAAAAAAAGAAGGCCGCCAAUGAGCCGAUGCCAAGACCACAAGGCUUUCUAACCGCCUUCUGA